UCAGUAGAACUCCUUGUGGAAUUCCGCAUAUGCAUGCACACAUGAUCACCCUGUGAAAUUUUAAGUUCGAAUUGUCUGACGUAAUCAUGUCCGAAAAAAAAAAAAAAAAAAAAAAAACACCUGUUUGACCGGACAUCGGUCCAUUUUGUCGCUUGUCUCGUCCAGAGACUAUUAUCUUUAUUUCUUUUCUUUCGGUGACCACAAGCCAAUCGGACGUAAGUUCAACCAAACUUUCGAGGUAUUUUCAAGAAGUUCAAAUUUUUUUUUUGUAGUGAAUAAACUAGCCAAGAAAGGAAUUGAAAGAAUCAAAGCUAAAUACCAAGUUUCCUUAUCUUGGUAUAAAAUACAGUCAUAACUUGGUAAACAGAACAGAAAACGGGGUUUUUCCCACGCCUUCAUCGAGGAGAAGCCCAGUUAUAUACAUACCGGGAGCACCAAAUAAAAAUCAACUUACCACGACCGCUAAUCCAACAACUGUUUUUUUUUGCACUUGCAAACCAAGACGAAGAACGAGCUCAGUUCUCGUCUGAACUCGAGACAACGACGCGUUGAUCUGUAAAUCGUCCUCAAGCAAGGUGCAGUGCGGGUCGUGGUCAAGUGUUUCGUGUGUGGUGCGGGUGUGGAUGCUAGGCAGAAAAGGAAGCCUCAGCUAGCCCCAUAGUGAAAUUCUGGCGUAACCCUGAUUCUGCUACCAAAUUCAUCAAAAAUCAUAUUUUCUACCUAUUCUUAAACAUACCUAUUGUUUUUUUUUAUAAUGUAUAACUUACAAGCUAAAAUAUUUUAAGAUAUUUAAUAACUAAAUCUAAUCUUAAAUUGCCUACUUAAUUGAUUUAAUAUAAAGUGUUCAAUCUUGUCCAUAUAAAAAAAAAAAGAAAUAUUACUUAUAAUAGUGCAUGCAGGUAUAUAUGUACGUAUAGCGUGUGUUUGGUGCGUCAUAUGAAUUUGACAAGCUGCGGCAUAUUUUUUCAUCUUUAUACUUGCUACGUCAUCAAAACGAACAACGGCAGAGAUUGUGCACAAUAUCUGGAUUCCGUAAGUGGUGAGUUUUUUUUUUAUAUACUUAAAAUUUGUAUACAACUAUCUCUAUGGGAAUGAGACAAAAGCUAUCUCUUGUCAAGUUCGCCUGUCACAACAAAUCAAGUGCAUAUUAUUUAUAUACCAGGCAACGUCACAAUUCUUAUUUACAAAAUUAAACAAUUACCUAUAUAAAAAAACAAAAUUAAUACUACUUACAUUACAACAAGAUUGAAUUACUAUAUUUUUCCUAAAUGAAAACUUAAAUUUAACAUGCAUUUACUAUUUACAAUUAUCUAAGUUAAAAUUAACUAUAAAUUAUCACUAAAGCCUAAAACAUGCAUCCAUGCAAAUAUUAUAAAUAAAAUCCAGAAUUAAUUAUUUGAAAUGAACUAGACUUUAUUCUUUGGGUUAUGUGUGGGUUGGUCAGUGGACUUUCGAAUCCCGAUGGAGUGAUGUGAGUCAUUUUGUCAGGCCAUUACAGGGAUAGCGAUCUUGUCAUGAAAAAGUUAGGGUAUAAGCUAUCAUGGAAGACAUACAAUGUCAGUGGGAGGGAUAUUUUAGACAAGGUACCCGGGCCAAACAACACCUGUCGCCGCCCAGAGAACAGAGCAGAGCCGAGUGAAAGUGUCCGUCCGUUGUUGUUUUUUUUUUAGUUGAAAUCUUGGCAUGAAUACUAAUCUUUUGUGUGCGUUUGAAAACUCCCGGACCAAGGACCUCGCCCACCGACGUUCCUAGCUGUGCCUUCUGCAAGCAUGCCAAGUGUGGUUCCGUUGAGUUUAGUCCAGCCUAUAUAACAUGAUGAAUAGUCGCAACAAAAGAAAUGGCGCCCAACCUCAGAGCUUAUGUUUUUAAGCCCUAUCACAGUAAGAUAAAGGGUCUUUUACUUUUCAGUAAGUCCCGGUGUUUUCCCCAGUAGGUGACCCGCGUUGCUACUUAAAAUAAUAACCUUAAGUUUUGCUGUUUCAGUUCAUAUUAGCCCGAUUAUUUUCUUCUCUUAUUGUAUGGAAGAUUCGUUGCAUAUGAACUUAUUUAGUACUUUUCUCAUAGUGUUGUCUAAUUCGCAGCUUCAUUGCUGGAACUAUUUUGCCACUAUAACUUCACUCGCUUUCAGUUUUGUUCUUCAAUCCAACUCGUCCGUCCGUUUAUAAUAAAAAUAACGAAAAUCUCACGAAAGACCAACCACAUUAAACCCCAAUCCAAUCCAAAAAAAAAAAAAAAUAAUUUCUAUAAAUUCACCAAAACAAUUAAAACACUUUAUAUUUUUAAAUUAGUUAACAUGAAUGGUAGUAGCGGACACAAUACUCGCUCGAGAGGCAAAUUCAACAAUUCAAGGGGUCAAUACUCUUCCACUACGAACAGAAACUCGUCAAAUACGCACAAUGACAAUCCCCAGUCAAACUUAAAUCAAAGAGCACAUGUUGUGCAACAUACUCCUCCACCAAAAAAUGUACCCAAUCCAAUAGGAGAUCUAGGACAAAACGUACAAAACCAAAUCGAAGACCCAGAACAAAAUCUAUUCAAUCGAAACGUAAACCUGGAACAAAUAGUUAAUCCUGAACAAAGUCCUCAGAUCAUAGAUCAGAGUAUUCAAGAUCCCAAUCAGGUUCGCCUUGGUUCAGAUCAGGUUCAAAUAAACGUUGCCAACAACGAGAUGUCAGAUCCAGCUUGUUGCAGCAAUCAAGCUGCUGCACAAAAUGCAAUUGAGAAUGCCAAUCAGAAAAGCACUACUUCGAGAUCUGAUAAUUAUGAUCUCCAAACCUUAGCAUCAGCCUUCGAACGCAUCAUGGAGGCCAAUAACAAGAUUGUUAUUAGCGAAAUGAAGUCAAUUAGGGAUUCCCUAACUCAUAAACUAGAGCAAAUAAAUAUUCCACCGAUUCAACAAGCUCAAACUCAAAAUCUUGACGUUCCAAACUCUAACCCCAGAGUAGACUUUGAACAAUUCCUACAAAACGCGUCAUUUUCCACUCAAAACCGAGCACCCGUAAGCCAUCAGACUUCCACUUCACAACCUUCAAUCAUCAACACAAAUUGCAAGGUCGAAAAGUGGAAGAUUUCCUUCGAUGGAACCGAAAAUGUGUAUGACUUUUGGUUUAAAGUCGAAACCCUAAAAGAAAGAUCCCAAUCUAGCUGGGAUCAUGUUCUAGCGAACUUCCAUGUUCUUUUGAAGGGUAAAGCUGAGUCCUGGUAUUGGUUCUUCCUGAAAAAGAAUCCAACCGUAUCACAUGACAGUCUUAAAUACGCAAUCAUAAAAGAGUUCAGUAAAACCGAGAACGAGUAUGAAAAGAUGUUACGAAUGGUCUCUCGACGUCAAGGUUUUAAAGAGACAUUUGAUGACUUUUAUACAGAGAUUUUAAGACUUAAUGCCAGAUUAAAAGAACCUUUGUCGGAUACCAAGUUGAUCGAUUUGAUCAAAAAGAAUUCGAAAGAUAAUUUAGGUACCUUGCUCUUUCCAUAUCAACUUACGUGUUUAGAACAAAUGAGGGAUGUAGCUAGGCAAGGUGAAGCCUUCUUGCUACACCAAUCGUCUCAGAAGUCUUUGAAUUAUAAGCGAAAUGUCAGCGAAAUAGAACAAGAGAGUGACUCAUCCGAAGACAAGAAAUGCGAGAGCCAAGAUUUAGAGGCUUUCUCUAAAUUCAACAAACCCAAUUUCAAGGCUCUUGAUACAUCCAACUUCACAUGUUGGAACUGUCAAAAGUUAGGCCACUCAUUUUAUGACUGUCCAAGCGAAAAACGAAAUCUCUUUUGUUAUCGCUGUGGCGAGAAAAACGUCACAACCAUAACUUGUUCAAAACAUGGUUUAAACGGGAAAGCGAGCGAGUUGACAGCCGGGGGCACUCGUUCCAUAAGCACGACCCCGAGCCAAUAA